UGUUAAGUUUCACGAUUUGGUCGGGAGACUCCCGAUUUUGACCCCAAUGCUCACGCCUCACGAUUAGAAAGCCAAAUCUCCCGAUUUUCCAAAAAUGUCAAUUUUUUUUUUUUUUUAAACUUUUUUGUUUGUCACCGUUUUGUAACGAUACCAUUCGGCCCGAUUCGGAAAAUGACCAACAACGAAUAGCCUGGCCGUCUCCGACUUCCCUGCCCUCCCUCCCCUUCAGAGCUGGAAAAGCCCAAGAUGCUGGCACUAAUAAACCGGCUUUUAGACUGGUUCAAGUCUUUAUUUUGGAAGGAAGAGAUGGAGCUGACCCUGGUCGGCCUCCAGUAUUCGGGAAAAACGACGUUCGUCAACGUAAUUGCCUCUGACGAAACCCUAAUUGGAGUGAUGGUUGAUGAGAUGAAGAGGCUGCUGAGGAAGCUGAUGUCCAAAUUUGUGCAAAUGGAUGUGAUCAGGAAAGCUGAGGAUAUCCUAGAUGUUGAUUACAGGAACAAGGAGAACUGGCAUGACACAGGCAACAUAGCAGUAUCACAUGAUACCAGACAAUACAUGGAGCAAGUUGAAGACUAUCUCUGAUGCCAUCAAAAAGAGGUUCUUUGACAGUGUAGUUAAUUUUUACACAAGUGUUGUGACCAAAAUGAACUUGAAAAAAAAUGGUUGCAUUUUGUCUUAGCGAUUGUCGCGCGCGCGCGUCAUCGGGGUUGGCAAACAGAAAUCUCCCUAUUUGCAAUUUCUACAACUUAACA